AAUCCAAUAAUCCAGCGCUUCAUACAUAUUCAUGACAUCACGUGAUCUUAUUACAUGCUUAGCUACCGCUUUAUUCAAUGCGGCGUCAUAGUAACCAAUAGCCGCUCAGGUUCUUGGUGCGUUCCAGGCGGUCAGGACACCGGAAGUUAUGCUAAACAGGAAGAAGCACAUGAGAUGUUUGCCCGAAGGCUGAGCAGGUUGUGUGUUCUCCUCGCUGCUGCACCGGGCGGGUUGUCCCGAACCGUUACCAGGUUAUGUCGUCAGCAUGCCGGUGUAUCUGCUGGGUGGAUAACGUAUCCCGGAAUAGCACGGCUCCCGGGAGUGAGGACUUGUAUAGUACACAGCGAGCGACCGUACAGCGACCGUGUCCCUGAUGCAGGGAGCUCUCUCAGCACGGAUCCUGACUGCGGCUGCGCGGAGGACGGUCCGCAGAGGGGACCUGAUCAAGCCCCUCCACAGUUUAACAUCAAUGUACUUGUAAAUCUGCUGCGGCAGGAGAACGGCAAAGAUUUGUGUGUCAUCCGAGUGCCCCCCGAGAUGAAAUACGCAGAUUAUUUCGUAGUUGUUGGAGGAACGUCGACCAGACAUCUUCAAGCAAUGGCACAAUACACGUUGCAAGUGUAUAAGUUUCUAAAGAGAGAAAAUAAGCCGCAUGUUUGCCUAGAGGGAAAGGACACAGAUGACUGGAUGUGUAUAGAUUUUGGGAAUAUUGUCGUUCAUUACAUGCUGCCUGAAACCAGAGAGACCUAUGAACUGGAGAAGUUGUGGACUUUGCGGUCAUAUGAUGAUCAGUUCUCUCAAAUAUCGCAGGAGGUUUUACCUUUCGAUUUUACCUUGGGACUGCAGCAGCAUAAAGAGUGAUUGAUUUUUAUUUUAUAUAUAUGUUUUGUACUGAUCAAAACUGAACUAUGUGCAUCAUUUUAAUAUUCAGAGUUUAUAUGAAAUGGUGGCAAAAUA